CUGACGCCGGUAAACGAUGAAAGUAAGAGUGAUUAAGUUAUAGCAGUAACAGAUCGUACAAGCAAUACCAGUUAAGGCAAUGUUCCAAGUGUACUGGGUUUUGUGAAUGAACCAGGCAUGGAUCUCGCUAAUAUUUGUCGCGCGUGCCUUUAUGCUGAUCAAACGUUGUUUUCGGUGUUCGACCCCGUGGUCUCCGAAGUGGAUUCCGGCCUUGUCUCAAUUGGGAUUACAGCUGCUGAGAUGUUAGGAGCAUUUACUUCAGUUAUGAUUGUAUCCAACGAUGACUUACCUACAAAGAUUUGUACUGCGUGUCUUGAUCAAAUCCAUCGUGCCUACACGUUUAAACUGAAGUGCGAGAGCUCCCAGACAGCCCUUAAAAGUCUGAUAGAGGAAUUCACUGCCAAACUUAACACUGACUCAUCGCGGGAAUCAUCAACAACUCCAUCAGAGCCUACAAAUGACCAACAGCCAUCUCAAAUCGAUCCACCAGAUACGACCACUUCGAACACCGAAGUCAGCGAAAUCCUCAACUUCUCUGACACAAGUUUAGACGAUCUAAAUAUACCAUCGGUUACAUCCCUUAUAAAUGAAGACCAAAACAUCCCUUUGGAGGAACUAUCGGGUCAGGACGUACAAAUGCUGAACUUGAAUUUAAAUUUGGACAGUCUCAAUGAUAUAACGAAUGAUAUCCAAACUUUUGGUAAUAUUAUUAUUGAAUAUGGAGAUCCUCUGGCCGAGCCUAAGGAUAAUUCAGAAAAAUGGAUUGAAAAUUGUUACGAGUGCCCAGGGUGUCACAAGGAAUUCCGAAAAGUGGGGCUCCUGAGGAGUCAUAUUGUUGAUGUGCAUAUGGAGGGGAAGCUAUGCAAAAUAUGUAAUGAAGAAUACAAAACAACGAUAUGGAAACACAUCUCAGAGCACAUGCCAGCGAAAGCCUUCCCAUGUACCGAUUGCGAAAAGUCCUUCCAUUCCCAAUUCAAUCUUCAAAUGCAUCGAAAGAUGGCCCAUGAUGACUUCCUUACAUGCGAAUAUUGUUCAAUGCGUUUUCGGAAUAUGCAGAAGUUCCGCGACCACGUCUUCCAGCACACCGGCAAGCAUGACUUCCAAUGCGAUAUCUGUUUGAAGGUCCUGAAAAGAAAGUCAGCUCUGGUAUUGCACAAGCAAAACCAUGCAGGGGAGAGACCAUUCAAAUGCGAUCACUGUCCCAAAACUUUUGGCUACAAAGGGAACUUGAAAUUCCACAUGGUGGCCGCCCAUGGUGGGGAGAAACUACCCCAUACUUGUGAUCUAUGCUCAAAACGGUUUAAAAAUAGGCCACAACUGAUAAAGCACAGGUUCGAGCAUACUGGGAGCACGGAGCUGAAAUGUGAUGUUUGUUCAGAGGUUUUUGAAACGAAGUAUAAGUUGGAGUUACACAGGCGGAAGCAUACCGGGGAGAAGCCCCUGAAAUGUGAGGUAUGCGGCCGGGGAUUUAGGCUGAAGUGCAAUCUGAAGGAGCAUAUGGGAACGCAUAGCGAAGAGAGACCCUUCCAAUGUGAACUGUGUCCCUGUCGGUAUAAGAGGACUUAUUUAUUGACGUUACAUAUUAGAAAUAGACAUCCUGAUUAUGCGAAGAAGACUAAACUUGCCCCUUUAUGACACUAGUUUCAAAAAUUGGAUUUAAAUUGGAUUUUUAUCUGAAAUUUUAGUUGCAAUGACGCUUUGGAGAUAGUUUUCGGCUUCAAGCUAUACCUGGUCAACUUUUUAAGGUAUCAAUUUGGUUGAUUUGGAGGUCAGUAGAAAUAACACUAUUAUAAGUAGUCAAAUAAUCCACCGGAGACAUUUAUUAGGAUAUUGUGGUACUAAUCAACCCUUUCCAAUUUUUUUUGUCCUUUAAGAUACUUUGAUAGAUUUUUAGGCAUUUGGUUCUGUGACGACGCACUAUAACUAUUGAAGUUAAUACCGUUUCGUUUAAAAUUUCAAAUCACGAUCAAAAUGUAAUUUCAAUUGUUGUUCAGACAAUAUCAUUUGCGUUGCGUUUUAUAUUCAAAUGUUAUGUGUAAUAUCGUAAGAAUACAUGACGUGAAUUGACGCUCAUAUGUUAAAAAUUAAUGGUUGAUUAAUAUAGUUAGGCCUAGUUAGAAAGGCACUGCCAAUACGUUAGAUACUAGAUACUUGGUUAUAUGUAGACAAACAGAAUACAUUCAAUUCAACGAAUACGGAACAAAUGUGUAAUCUUUACUUAUAGACCGAAAGUAUGAAUGACAAUCUGAUGUAAUUAAUUUAUUUAGAAUAAAUGAUUUAAUCAUUUUCAUAGCA